ACUCUUCAGGUUCUGAAUAUAGCCAAUAAUCCACUACCACUGUCAAUUGGUGAAGUGAAGUCUCCACUGAUGUACAUGGGUGAGGACCAGCACGGCAUGAUGCUGACUUUCUGUGACAUCUCCAGUCUCAAGCUGGACUUCCUGCCUCCAUCACUCUGUAACUGCAGACAGCUGGUGACACUCAAAAUAGCCAACAACAUGGUAGGCUGUCUAUCAAAGUAUUUUUUUUUUAGGUAGUGGCUGGCAACAAGGUGUCAAAGUUGUGUGUCAGAUAGCAGAUAAAUAACAAGGGACACAACUGACAAUGUCAGGGGACACAACUGAUAUUUAUAAAGAGAAAAACAGACUACUGUACCGGUACUAAAGUAGAACACAACAGCUUUAUUUAUUCAAGCUAAUCAAGAUAAAACAUAUAUUUUAAAUGUAAAAAAAAAACAACAAAAAAAACAAGUCACUAGUUACACGUUUUUGAAAAAAAAUCAUUAAAAUGAUAAGAAAAGGGUUGAGCUCUCCCAGCCAUCACUCAAGCAACUGUAGGAUAUCAUUUUCUCUAAGAUAAAGUCUCUGCCUGAUGUGAUUGGUCGACUACGCAACUUGGUAACCUUUGACGCUCACAACAACACAAUCUCUGAAAUCCCGAUGAGUAUCGACUGCCUGCAUAAACUGGAGUUCUUAAACUUGUCAGUGAACUGGCUGGUCUUCUUCCCGGUGAACCUUGCCAAAGUAAACAUUUCUUUUUGUCAGAUAAACAUGUUUUUUAAUUUUAUUGAUGAAUUAUGUCAAUGUAAUAUUUUUCUAAAUAUUUUUCAUGAAUUUUUCCCAGGUGAUUUUUAAACAAAUAAAUUGCUUAUUUAAUCUUGUUAUGGAAUAGAAAUUUGUUCCACAUUAAUUGAUAUGAUGGAGCUAUAUAUAUAUAUUUGCUAGAGGAAUGCCAAUUAUAUCUAUGAAAUAUUUUCUCCCACUAAAAAUCAGGGCUUUUCCCAGAGACACAAUUAAUAAUAAGUUAAUACCGGUACCUGUCUGUUUUUAUGGAACAUAAUAUAGGACCUAAUACCCAUCUGUUGUUAAUGAACAGAAUAUAAUAUAAGAGACACACUUAAUGCCUGUCUGUUGUCAAUGAACAAAAUAUAUGACACACAUAAUGCAUGUCUGUUGACAAUGAAAAUAAUAUAAGACUGUCUGUUGUCAAUGAACAAAAUAUAACACACUUAAUGCCUGUCUGUUGUCAAUGAACAUAAUGUAAGAGACGCAAUCAUCAUCUGUCUUGUCAAUGAACAUAAUGUAAGAGACACACUCAUCAUCUGUCUGUUGUCAUUGCAGUAAAACAUUCUUUUCUUUACUCAGCUGCACAGGGUUAGACACCUGGACGUGUCAGAAAAUCGACUGGAGAUGCUGCCGGACAACUUCAAUCACUUGGAUCACUUGGUAUAUUUUGACCUGAGCUCCAACAAACUAGUCAAGUUCCCCAACAAUCGAAUGGACAUCCUGGCCACCCUGCU